AUGUCCAAGUCCGAGGAAGAGGAAUGUGCACACAAGCUGAAGGAGACAGGAAAAAGGUUGAUGUUGUCGUGUAUCCAGGUGGGUAGCAACCUUGAUUUGGGCCACGGCGUCAUUUCGGAGCCGAUUAUAGGAGCAUCUCAUACAAUAGUGACAAUAGACAAGGCUGUUCGGGUUGGGUUUCAACUGGGAGAAGAUGCUGCUCAAGCGCUACAUAGAGUAUUCUAUCCUUCGUAG